AUGGUUGAAAUGAGUGACGAGCUACCGCUGGGAAACGGCCAGAUGCAACAAAAGGUCAGAAUCGUUGCACAAAGUGAAGAUAUUUCUCUCCGACCUCAACGAAAGCGUGGCCGCGACAUUGCCGGAUACUACGAGUCGGCCCAUUGGACUGCAGACGGGACUACAGUGCUCACCUCUGAUUCGUCCGACACGGUGUCUGCUUUUGUUUUACCACCAGAUCUCCUUGAGGAUCGAACAGACCCUCUGGCUCUGACGCCUCAGGUCUCAAUCCCACUGGGGGAAACGUCCAAUGUGCUAGCAUCAGCGCCGUAUUUCUCCCUGCCUGAGGCCUAUACAAACCAGGUGCUCGUCUCGAGUCGCGAUCACCCCAUUCAGCUUUACUAUUUAUUUCCUCCGACAUCAUCAUCCCCAAAUGACAUCUGCGGACAAACGCCGGUUCAUGCUCCGGCGGCCUCUUAUCCCCUAAUCAAAGCUCGUUCAGAGACCUUUUUAACCGCCAGCUCCCUACUAUGGCCUGCUCCUGGUUCCCAUUUCAUUGCGGGCUGCAAGAAUUUCUUGGCCCGGUUCGAUGUCACGCGGGCUGGUGAGGAGCCUGUUUUACGUCUCAAGACCAUACCAUCGGAGCGACACUUGUCAAAGGGCGGCGGAGUAGGAAUGCGCGGCACCAUUUCUACACUCUCGGCGCAGUCCUUAGAUCAAGGUUCUGCUGGUCUGGUUGCCGCGGGCACCUGGACUCGCUGGGUUGGGCUGUAUGACUUUGCUCAAGCCGGCGAGUGUGUGGCCACUUGGGGUAUCGACUCUGCCACAAAAGAAACUGCCACUGCGGAUAACCGUAGCAUCGGUGGCGAUGGAAUCAUACAGACAUGCUGGAGUCCAUGUGGCAGGUACUUGCUGGUCUCUGAGCGUAAAUCAAGAGGUAUCCUCGUGUACGAUGUGAGGGUGACGGGGCAGUUGUUAGGUUGGCUUGAAGGCCGUGACGCAACGACGAAUCAGCGCAUAACUCUGGACGUGUUUCCAUCACAAGAUGAAGUUGGCUUCGAAGUAUGGUCAGGCACAACGUCUGGUUCGGUCAAGGUUUGGGAAGGAGUCGGUCUAGUUGCCGGAGCUCAGCAACCUUCAUGGGAGUGGCAGGCCUCAGAGUCUACCAUAGGAAGUACAUGUCUACAUCCGACAGGUACUGUCAUCGCCACCUGUUCUGGAUCAUGGGAGUUUCCCGUGGAUGAUACCGAGAGCCCGGCGGGGAAAGCCCCAGAUCACACAACCGAGAAUGGCUGGCUUCAACGGAGGACGAAAGAAAGUACUCUGAAAAUUUGGAGCCUGGGGGCGUCAAGCGGAUAUCAAUCAAGUGACCCUCAAGGUACAAGUGCGUAA